AUGUACGGCUACGGAGGUUUAUGGGGAGAUUACAGAAGAGCAUCAACUCUUGCCGAUAUGUUAGCGAUGGACGGAUGCGAAUCAAAGCCUUGCCAGUACGGUGGCACCUGUCUUCCACGAUUUGGCAAGAAGUAUAAUUGCCUCUGUCCGCCUUACCGUACGGGUGACAACUGUGAGAUUGAUGUUGAUGAGUGUGCUAUGUACUCGGGAACGCAUGCUGGUUGUCAGCAUAAUGGAACAUGCGUCAAUCAUGACACUGGUUUUCGAUGUGAAUGCCGUUCCGGUUAUCAUGGUCCCUUAUGCCAGUAUAGACAGUCGACUUGUUCAAGAUCAAUUGAACUUUGCGGUCCACACGGGCACUGCAUUGAUGUAGAUACUUCGGAGAAUGAAGCUUCAUACAAAUGCAUCUGCGAUUGGGGAUAUAAAGUUUCGGAUGAUAAGCAGAAUCCAACUUGUGAGGAUGUGAACGAAUGCUUGGACAAUCCUUGCCAUCCUGGAGUAGACUGCAUCAAUCUACCAGGCAAAUUCCAAUGCACUGGAUGUCCUAAAGGCUACCAUGGCAACGGUCAGAUCUGCGCUGACAUCGAUGAAUGUGCUGCUGAAACAUAUCCAUGCUCGACAAAUCCUCGCGUACCAUGCUUCAACACCAUUGGCUCAUUUCACUGUGGAAAUUGUCCACCUGGCUAUCGCGGCGAUGGUCGCACAUGCCAAAGGACAUCUGCUUGUGAUGAUGCACCUUGCUAUCCUGGCGCAACUUGCGUUGAAGAUCCGUCUACUCUCAAUGUUGGAGGCUACACCUGUCAUUGUCCUGCGGGAAUGAUGGGUGAUGGAAUAGGUAACCUUAUCUCUGAAGAGACGAGGGAGUUUAUAUUGAGUUACUGUGGGCUAAUCAUAGGUGCGAACGGCUGUCAGAAAAGCAAUUCAACGAUUUGUCGGACUGAAGGGCAUUGCCUCAAUGGAGGAACUUGCAAGCCGAUAUCGGCCACAGAAUAUCGCUGUGCUUGUCCGGAGUUCUACUAUGGACUACACUGCGAACAGGUAUCUGCCUGUAUUGGCUCACCUUGUGAAAAUGGCGGCAUUUGCCAAGAUGCUGGUGUUGGGAAAGUAAACUGUAUUUGCCCUAUAGGAUUCUAUGGGUCUCUUUGUCAAUUUGAAGAAAACAGUUGUGGAGCACAUUACACGGAACCAUCGGGAAAUUUAACCUUCUCUACAGAAACGGAUAGUGUGGCUGAGGAUGGAUGCGAUUUUGUGAUAGCUGCUACAGAAGAGAAUUCGGUUCUCCAGAUCACAUUCGAGACAUUCAAGGGCAUGAGCAACACAGACUCAGCUGCUCCAGACUGCUCCAAAAUGCCUGCUAACUUGACCCUAUUUGAUGGCGUUAGUGAUAAUGCCCAAGUUUUUGCGACAUUCUGUGGCGACAUCGGUGGCGGAAAGGCGCCUGUGAUUGGAGAACCGAUAACGAUGACAACAACAAAUGCACUGCUUCGUUUCAAAGGAACGCGAGGAUCGUUUUCACUCAGAUGGUCGACGAAAAAAAGAGAAUGCGGUUACCGUACGAAUUUGGCUACCGGAGUACUUGUCGUCCCACCUCAUCAUCUGGAUACUGCAUGCGAU